UGUUUCACUCUUGCCGCUAACCAACACUAUGCCAUGUGCCGCACAAAUUAGUUAAUUUUUGUUACAUUAUUCGGCAUUUUCGCGAUGUUAUUGCCGCCAGACCGUUUGGAGCACUAUAAAACCAGCUUGGAGCAACAGCUAAAGCGUUUGGCAUCCAGUUUACGGAGUUAUCAAGCGGUUAAAUCAGAAAUACCGGAAUUAUCGAAUCAAGCGAAUCGCUUGUGGGAAUUGAGUCAACGCUAUCGACUGGUAAAAGGUACCAAUCAAGCUGCCGCUUUUGGCCUGCUUUCUGUUUGCCAGGAUGUUUACCAAAGCCUUCGGGACGGCAUAUCAACAUUGGAUUAUGAGCUAGUGCAAAUAUCUGCCCAAGUAAACCAGCUCGAGAAAGAGUGCCUUAGCUUAAAUCAAGAGCAACAUCAAACCAAAACGCCUGCAGUCUUAACAGAAGUACGGAAUUUCCUGGGGGAAUCCCUGGAAUUACUGCAAAACCACGUCAAGUACAUGGAGCUUAAUCUUUGCCAGCUGCAACCCAAGUUUAUGGCUUCUGAAUCGUCUCUGGAGGCCUUCAAAUCUGACCUGAUAAUGCCGGAACACGCAGAAGCCCGAAUUUCCCUGGGCUUGGCCAAAAUCGAGAGACUGAACAAUAUUCCACUAGAAAAACCUAGUCAAUUACUGAAACAAUGAAUCCUUAUGGCAUAGAAAUACCUUCAUGUUAUUUAACCAUUACCAACUAGAAAUAAGCGUGUUCAGUUCGAUUUCAUGAGCUUUUAAUUUUAUGUUGUCUUUAGAAAUUCAACACCCAUUAAAAGCUCAGCAAAUUGUUUUUAAGUUUCAAAGAAAAUCUGGUAGUUUAAAAGCAUUUAAAAAGCAAGAAGUUGAUGUUUAAAAAAAUAAACACAAAUCUUCAUCUCCAACUACACGAUUUGUAUAACAUUUAUUUAUUUGAAAUCUGGUAGAUGUUUGUUUAACUGGAAAUUCCCAUGCAUUGAGAGAAUGAACUUAUGUGAAUUUCUAUAGAAAAUAAGCAAUUAUUUUGGGACUCUAUAAAACUAGCGAUCUUCCUCGUGUUUACACAUAUUCAAAUCGAAUUUCUUUACGGAAAUCAUUGUCAAUAGGUCCCAACUCAGUUGCACUCGCAUUAAUUCAAAGAAAACGUAUAUAUUUUUAAGAAAACUAUAGAAAUUGCACAAUGCACAAAGAAAAUCUUGAAUCGAUUUAGUGCAGUCCACUCAAUGCACAUUUUGUCAAUUAAACUCCAAUAAAUAUGCUUGCUUGCUUUCCAAGAAUGAUUUUAGUUGGCAGCAAAUCAAUUCGCUUUUCUUGGC